AUGACGGCCAAGAAUGAUCCCCAGACGUCUCCCCAGACUGUCUCCGACCACACAAUGACUACCACAACCCCCACGCCGCGUCUGCCGCCGCCCGAGAAGCCCGAGGCCAUCCGCACCCGCUUCAAGGUCAUUGCGGCCUUCUGGGCUGUGAUCAUCUUCCUGGGCUUUCCCAUCUGGUGGAAGACCACCUCGAUCUAUCGCGCUUCCCUGCCGAUCCCGGACAUGAUUGAUUGGGCUGAUGGAAAAACCUGUCGUCCUGUCUUCCCCCUCGAGAUCCGCGUCGAGACCCCCUCCCUGCCCGACGUCGACGCUCAGAAUCUCCUCCGCUCUACGCAGCACACCCUCGACGACCUCAAUGAGUUCUCCGCGCACCACCUGCGACUGAAGCUCUCCAACGAGGACCCCGAUCAGCCCUCCGCAGCCGACGCCGCGGACACCGCAUUGACCGUCCGUCUACUGCCCCAGGACGACCUCGCCAGCCCCCGAGCAGCUCUCCACCAUGAUACCACUCAGCUCGAUGUCUUCUAUCCUCCCAGCCAGAUCCCGCCCCCGUCGGCGUCCAACUCGCCCCUAUCCACAUUCAUCGCAGACGAGCUCCAGCUUCUCUUCGCCGAAGAGAAAGCCAUCAUCGCCCAGGUACUCUCCGACAACAACAUCCCCGGCGCACCCACUUCCCCGGAUCUCGCAGAAAGCGUCACUCGCCGUCUCCGCCGCUCCAUGAAAUACGCCGACACCUACCACCUCGCCUUCAGUCUCUUCACCCCCGGCGCAACCCCUUCUUCCUGGGACAUCCAAGCCGCCGUGCACGACUACAUAACCCCAGUCCUCGACGCCUUCUCCCCUAUCAGCAACUUCACCGUCGACACCCAAGUCCAGCUCUACGCAACCUCCUCUCCAACCGCACCACCCCCGGAAUAUGACGAAACCCACUCCGCCUGGACCCUUAAGAAGGACGACCUCAGCGCCUUCAUCAACGCCGCCGAAUGGCCCCUCAGCCCCAGCAUCGGCCCGGGCCCAACCAUCAACUUUAUCCUCUACAUCCCCUCCCCCUCACAAUCUCCCCUCGUCGUCAAAGACAGCCUCGCAACCAGCUGGAUCAUCCCCCAAUGGGGCGGCGUCUUCCUCCUCAACCCCCCUAAUCACCCAACCCACCUCACCAAAGAAACCCUCGGCCCGGCCUUCAUGACCUUCUCCCACCAACUUCUCACCCUCCUCGGCGCCCCCUCCACCCCUCCGCCUCUUCCUCUCCGUCUUCAGACCCUCACCCGCGUCCGCGCGGCCUCUCUCCUCCUCUCCGCCUCCUCAACCAUGGGCUCCCUCGCCCGUCUCACCGAAUCCCUCCCCCAGAUCCCUAUCCCCGCUACAGUGGCUACCUCAGUCUCUACUACGCUCUCUCAUCUUUCUUCCGCGUGCGACCAUCUCCGCCACGGCCAGUUCCAGGCCGCCCUGGCAAGUGCCCGUGUCGCGGAGGCCGAGGCCGAGCGCAGCUUCUUCGAGAAGAGUAUGGUUGGCCAAAUGUAUUUCCCCGAUGAGCAUAAGGUGGCGGUGUAUUUGCCGCUGCUGGGGCCCGUGGGAGUACCGCUGAUUGUGGGGUUGUUGAAGGAGGUGAAGAAGGUAGUGAGUGCUUGGAAGGAGAGGAGGUGA